AUGUCUGCACCAACUAUUAGUCGAAUUAAUCCAACUUCUGGCCCUAGCACCGGUGGCACAACAGUGAUUAUCACUGGUACUAAUCUUGCCACCCCCACAACAGUUACCUUUGGUGGCACUGGUGCUACUAUUAACUCAAGUACCCCAACAUCGAUCUCUGUCACAACACCAGCACAUGGUACUGGUGCAGCGCGGGUUGCGGUAACCACUGCCAAUGGCACCAGCACUCAAGCAGUGAAUUUCACUUAUAUUGCGAUUGCUGCUCCGGUUAUUACUUCCCUUUCUCCAACUAGUGGGCCAGCAUCUGGUGGGAACACAGUAACAAUCAAUGGCACAGGCCUCCUUUAUACUACUGGAGUCAGCUUUGGUGCUACUCCUGCUACUAGCUUUGCUAUCCUUUCUAACACUCAAGUUGCUGCGGUUGCGCCAGGAGGUACAGCAGGACCCACAACAGUCAGUGUGGCCAAUGGAGCUGGUACUAGCGGGACCCUGCCAUAUACCUAUAAUGGGGUCGUUGCUCCCGUGGUCACAAGUGUGACUCCUACUGGCGGCCCUGCUGCUGGCGGAAAUACUGUAGCCAUCGUCGGCUCUGGUUUCACAUUUGCCACGGUUGUGACCUUUGGCGCAACUCCUGUUACGACAUUCGCUAUACUCUCAGAUACAGCGAUAAAUGCGGUUGUUCCCCCUGGUCCUGGUGCCGGCGCUACUGUCGAUGUUCUGGUCACCGGUCCUGGUGGUACUAGUGCCGUUGGCACUACCUAUACCUAUGCACCUGCUCCAACACCUACAGUCACAGCUCUUCUCCCAGGAUCCGGGGCAGUGUCAGGUGGUAAUACUGUCACUCUCACUGGCUCAAACCUUAAUGGCGCUACAGCAGUUACAUUUGCUGGUACUCCAGCCAGUUCUUUCAUCGUUUUAUCACCCACUCAAGUCAAUGCUGUGGCUCCACCAGGUACUGCUGGCAUAGCCUCGGUAGUAGUCACAACGCCUCUUGGUGCUAGCACUGCCUUAGACUAUACUUACAUCGCUAUCCCUGCACCCGCAGACGCUGUUCCUUCCUCGGAUAUUACAGCUGGCGGCAGCACUAUUGCUAUUACUGGUACUGAUCUUGCGGAUACCACCAGUGUGAAAUUCGGAACCACACCUGCAGCUAGCUUUACCGUUAUUGAUGAUACUGAGAUAGAUGCUGUCGCACCUUCACAUGUUGUCAGCACAGUUCCAAUCAAUAUUACCUCCCCAGGAGGUACAGACAGCUCGCUUAGUUUCAGCUUCCAGCCGUCUCCAGUUAUUACUUCCAUCACUCCAACUUCUGGCCCCACUGCCGGGGGCACUACGGUGACCAUAACUGGGGCAGGCUUGAUCAAUACCCUCGAUGUGUUCUUUGGGACAACUGCAGCAACAGCCUUUACUAUCAACUCUGACAACACUAUCACUGCAACCUCCCCCGCUGCAGCAGCAGGAGCUACUGCUGUGACAGUCAAUACCGCUUCUGCCACCAGCAAUGGCGCGGUAUUCCAAUAUAUUGCCGCACCAACUCUCAUUAGCUUGUCGCCUACUGGUGGAGCUAUUGCCGGUGGCAAUAAUGUAACUCUUACUGGAACGGGUUUUGCGACAGCUACUGAGAUAUUCUUUGGAGCCAACCCAGCUACAUUCACUAUUCUUAGUGACAGCUCAAUCAGUGCAGUUGCACCUCCAGGCACUGGAGCUGUCUCAGUGACGGUUGUGAACCCUGGAGGGACUAGUGGUGCUCAGACUUAUACCUAUGCUUAA